UGGAUUUAAAUCCAAGUCCCCCAGAUUUGUUCCACCCUUCCCUGCCGGAUGCCGACGUCAACUCUUCACAGCAUGGAGCCUGGCGUUGCACCUAUCACAACAAAGAGAUUAGAGCAGAGAGAGGUGCCAUGUCCAAGAGAGCUUCGUCCCACAAACUUUUCCCUGUUCUGCUGAUGGUAGGAUGGAUCACUGGCUGCACAGCAGUUGUCUACUUUGUCUUCAUUUUUGUUUGGAAAAAAGGAGCACGAGGAAGAAAUUGAAUUCACCACUGAAUGAAGUUCUUCCAGGGGACACAGGGACGAAAAGUUCAUCUCUAUAUUUUGAUAUUAAUUUUCUUUAAGAUACAUUCUGGCAGCUGUUUUGACAGACGUGGGAAUACUGUUAUAAAAGUGAGCAAUGGAUUGCAGUGGAUAUCUGCCAUGGUCCAGUGAUAAUGAUGUC